AUGAUUUCCUCCCGCCCCCCCCCGACCUCUCUCCGCCCCCCUCCGACCUCUCUCGCCCGCCCCCGCCGACCGCCGACCACCGAUCCGUUCGCCGACCCGCCCCGCACCCGACCGAUCGAGCACCCGCUGGUGUUCCAGACGGUGCGAAGGCGGGCCGCCGUCCCGCGCGACUCUCCCCCACCCAGCGAGAGCGUAGGCCUCCUGUGGUACGAUGCGCGGGAGGAAUUCGUUCGUCCGCCCUGGCAGGAGGUGGAGGAAGCAUAUGCCGCCGCCAACCGCCGCCGCCGCGAGCGCAUGGUCGUUGCCGGCACGCAGACGAGCACGGCCGAGCACGGCACAGCGGCCGUCACGCAGACCGACGCCCCCGACCUGGGCGCGUCGGCCGGCACGCAGACCGAGUCGUCCGCCCUCGGUGUCUCUCUGGCCUGUACGCAGACCGACAGCGGCACCGGGUCCGGCUUCUCGGCGAGCACUCAGACCGACCCCGAGCCUCCCGCGCAGUCUCCGAUCGGACCGACCGUGGCCGCCGCGCAGGCUCCUGUUCUUCUGGCUCCGAAGCAGAAGAAAAAGGAUGCGCGCGCCGCAAAGGCCGAGAAGAGGCUCGCAAGGAUCGAAUCUCUCCUGUUGGAGAUGACCGCUUCUGCUGCCGCCACCGCUGCCGCCCUCGCUCCCGCCGCCCCCGUCGCUCCUCCUCUCCCACCUACUGUGGCCCCGCAGGUUCCUGUGCUUGCUCUCGAGCAGCAAAAGGAUGCGCGGGUCAUCAAGGCCGAGAGGAGGUGCGAAAAGCUCGAAUCUCUUCUCCGGAAGAUGACAAUCGCUGCUGCCGCUGCUCCUCCCCCUCCUUCCACCUCCGGCUCCUCCUCCUCCUCCUCCUCUCCCCUCAGCUGCGAACGGCUCAUGCAGCUGGACAUCAUGGCGAAGUCGCAGGCCCUGGCAAGGCAGCACUUCAUCAGCCGUGUGUCCGAAGCAUGGGCUCAAAGCCCGAGCCUCCCGCCCCCGGCACCCCUUGUGGCUCGCGCUACUCGGCCAUGCCCGCGGAACUGGCUCGGGCUCUCAGACUUGCUCGGGGCCCUCCCGUCUUUCCCUCCUCCUCCUCCUGUCCCCGCCUCAGCUCCUGUCCCCGGCGCCGUCGACGAAGUGCUCCGGUGCUCGUCGGCGUCGUCGGCUUUGGUGCUCUGGCGUGGACACCGCAUGUCUCCUGGCCUGCCUGGGCCCGUGAGUGUGGCUGCGGCCAUGCUCGCGGUGCUCCGAAGGGUCUCCGAUGUCUGCGCGGAGGGGAAGAGGGACGAGUAUACGGGUGAGGCGCCUGCUCGUCAAUUGGUACGGUACCAAGAAGCCGGUUACUACCGUAGUCGGACUCUGUUCGGCCGGUUCCUGAAGGCCGUUGCACGUCGCGAGGCGCGCGACGCGCGUGAAAGGAGCCGCCAACCCCCCAGAUCGCCCGCGUACCGCGUGGUGGUCGACGUCGCCAGCGGAGGGGGGCACGGUGCGGUUGGUCCUGACCGAUCUCAGCUUCGGCUGGUCAGCGAGUUUGUUUGGCGCCUCUUCCAGGAUCAGGAGAGGCGCUUCGUCUACUUGGGCAGGGUCGAAUCCGACUCUGCGCUGGACCUCCUUGUGUUGGGGACCGGCAAUACUGAGGAGGAGGAAGCCCUUGCUUUGGCGGUAGGGACUCCCCUCCCAGACGAGGAUUGGCCCGUCGUGUUGUACACGGGCACGUCUCCAGCGGUGGGCCGUGUCCAGGCCGGGGAGGGAAGGGCUGUGGCGACACAGCUCCUCCUGACCUGGCCGUACGAUGCGUCGUCAGCCGAACAAGGGAGUCUCGGGUGCGUCGAGACAAGCAGGGUCGAGGAGUUCGACUCUGAGCUGGACCUCCCUGUGGGGAACGGCGAUGAGGAGGAGGAGGCCCUCGCUUUGGCGGCGGACACUCCUCUCCCUGACGAGGAUUGGCCCCUCGUCUUGUACACGAGCAGCGUCCCACCGGUGGGCGUUGCUCAGGCUGGGGAAGGAGCUGUGGCGACACCGCUCCUACUGACCUGGCCGUAUGAGACCGAGGUGGUUGUACAAGGGAGUUCCGCCUUGUUGGAGGUCGUGGACCUCGUCGAGGGCAGCCCCUCAGACUCCCCCCGUCCAUCAGACAGCAGUGUUGACUGCGAGUUGAUGGACACGGCCGACGAGACGUUUGUCUCCGAGGCACAGGAGGAGUCGGAGGUUGUCGGCGCGGCGGAAGAGCCCGCAGAGGCGCCAAUGCCCGACGCCCCCGCCGAGGCACCGGCCGAAUGGGAUGAGGAGCUUCCAGAGGCGCCAGCUCCCGUACUGGACGAGCCCAUGACGGACUCCUCCACGGCAGACUCCCACGAUACGGCAGCGCACGCGUACACGGCGGAUGUGUCGCAAACGGCGGUUCUCUUCUCGGCGCGUCCGGCGGAGACAUCGCAAACGGCGGAUCCGCAAACGGCGGAGAAUACGCGCGCGGCGGACAUAGAGAUGGCCGACGCCAGCACCGCCCCCGAGGCUCCCAUCCCCGCGGCCGACGACUCGAUGGCGAUGGACGAGGACGACCUGGGACCGAUGGGCUACGGUGAACGGACCCUGGCCAAGCCGCGGAGGAGGAGGCGUGCUCUGGUGCCCGGCCCGAGCGCACCCGUGACGUUGUUUGCCGAGUCGGCCCUUUAUAGCAAGGGGCCUCUCAGCAGCACCGUCCCGGGCGUUGCGACUGCCGGGUUGCCCAUCUCGAGCCCAGACAUCGAGAUGACAGAGGCGUCCGUUCCUCCUUGCGACGCUGACCGGGGCUCUAAGCCCGGCAUCUUCGGCACCCCAAAGCCGUUCUUCUUCGCCCCGAGGGCCGCGGGGACCCUACGAGUCCCGGAGGUGCUUGGCAAGGCCAAGAAUGUGAGGCAACGGGGCGCGUUCACGCGAGUGGAACUGGCGCCUGAGGUGCCGGUCGAGCGCUCUCCGACGCCGCCCGCGCUGACCCCUGCGCCCGCCCCAACGCAGCCUGAGGCUGCUCAAGUCUACUGUCGCCCCCCUGGCACGAUCCCCGAGGUUGGUGGAGGCUCUAAGAAAGCCCGCCGCCGGAGGAGGAAGGCCAAGGACCAGGCACUGGCAGAAGAGGAGAGCACCGAAGGUGCUGAGGAACCGGCGGUCGAGGAGGCAGUUGCGGUCGUCCAGGAGGCCGCAGAACCGGCGCUGGUGACGGACGACCCGCGCCCGAAAUACGUUGCCAGAUUGGCACCGAGGGCGGAGCGCCAUGCGCUCCGGGCACAGCGGGCAGCAGAGCGGCCGGCAGAGGGGUGGCCCGUCGGUCACCCUGGCUGGCUCGACGAUCUGCGGGCUUCCGGGGUCAUCAUCACCAUGGAGCAGUGGCGGAUGGUGGCCGACUGGAAGGACCAGGAUAUGGCGCGCAAGGCCGCCGAGAAGGCUGCCGAGAAGGCGGCCAAGGAGGCAGAAGCCGCUGCUGGGACGGUGGGAGAGAGUGCGGAGCAGUGCGCACCGCCUGAGGAGGCCCCGGUGGAGCCCCAGCACCCUCCGGUGCUGGCCUCUUCUGGGGUGGAGGGCAGGCGUAUUGCCCCGGUGUCCCGGCGGCGGGGGGUCAGGCGCGUGGUCAACGUUGCCCGCGAGGAAGGGGGUGCACAACCGGAGGGGGCGGCCCUGGCUGGGUCGCUCCCAAUGACGAAUCCCGGCCCCCCGGGAACCGCGCAGCCCACGGGGGGAGACUUUGGGGAGGCGCGCUUUCCGCCGCUGCUAGAUCUCUCUCAGGAGGGUGACGGCGGCGGUGGGGGGUGGCGUGGCAGGAGGGAGGGCGAUUUUGGCGGAGGACAGGAGGGUCCGGCCUACUCCCGCUGGGUUAGAGUGGCGGGUGCUUACGAAAAGUCAGAGGAAAGAUUGACAAGCUGGUAUCCCAUUUGUGGACCGCACACCGGUGCAUCCACACUUGGGGCCUACCAAAACCGGCUCCCGAACGCUGUAAGGUCGGGGACUUUGGGCCUGGCAAGCUCUCUGUCCGCCAGUAUCUCCCGGACCCCUGGCAAGGGCGAGGGGGAUGUUAAGGGGGUGAAGGAAGAAGUGGGGAGGGACGGAGGAUCCAGCCUACUCCCGCUGGGUGUGUGGCGGGCAGAAUAUGAUUAUCAGAGGAAAGCUGGUAUCCCAUUUGUGGACCGCACACCGGUGCAUCCACACUUGGGGCCUACCAAAACCGGCUCCCGAAUGCUAUUGACAAGCUGGUAUCCCAUUUGUGGACCGCACACCGGUGCAUCCACACUUGGGGCCUACCAAAACCGGCUCCCAAAUGCUGUAAGGUCGGGGACUUUGGGCCUGGCAAGCCCUCUGUCCGCCAGUAUCUCCCGGACCCCUGGCAAGGGCGAGGGGGAUGUUAAGGGGGUGAAGGAAGAAGUGGCGAGGGACGGGGGAUCCAGCCUACUCCCGCUGGGUGUGUUGCGGGUUGGCGACGAGUUGUCAGAGACCGACAAUCCUGGUGUCUCACGUAUGGACCGCACACCGGUGCAUCCAUACCUGGGAAAACCCAGAAAAACGGCUCCCGAAUGCUGUAAUGUCGCGGACUCUGGGCCUGGCAAGCCCUCUGUCCAACACUGCCUCGGGGAUAAGUGGGACCACUACGCUUGGGAAACCGGCGCCAAGUGGGACCUCGGACCUCCCGGGGCAGCAGCUUAA